ACCUUCUGCACAAGCAGCAAUUAGCUUAUUCCUCAAGAAAAUGAACCUACCACACUGGUCAAAUUCUGUGUUCUCAAGCUCAACAAACUCCAAACAAGAAUAAUACUUAAUCAGAUUAUAUAAAUAAAUACACUUAUACAAAUACUAGUACUAAAUUCCAAGAUCAAGAAGUAAUUAGUGAUGGUUCUCCCAUUAUUGAAGUUAGGAACACUUGCUUUGAAAACAUUAAGCAAGCCAAUUGCAGCUAGGCUAAAAAAAGAAGCUGGUUUGCACCCCAAAUUUCGUAAUUUAAUUAUCAGCAUUGCCCAGGCGAAUCACCGAAUGACAACAACAAUGCAAAGACGGAUAUAUGGCCAUGCAACUGAUGUUGGAAUACGACCUUUGAAUGAAGAGAAAGCGGUUCAAGCAGCUGUUGAUCUUCUGGGGGAAUUUUUUGUUUUCUCGGUCGCAGUUGCUGCUCUUGUAUUUGAGGUGCAGAGGAGUGCUCGCUCAGAGGCUAAGAAGGAGGAACUUCGUAGGCAAGAAAUGGAGAAAUUGAGGCAACGAGAUGAAGCAUUGGAAAAGGAGAUGGAGGGCCUUAAAAGCAAAAUUCAAGAGCUGGAACAGCUAGCUAGGGGAAAGGGAAUUGCUGGUAUGUUCAAUUUCAGACUUCCUCAUAUUGGAGAAGGCAAGUCAGCGACACCAGCAUGAUCUGUUUGCUCAGUUUUGGCUACGUAGGAAUCAUUUUUUUCCAUUCUUUUGAUCCAAGUCAAGGAAAGAUCGGUCUAACCUUCUACCAACUCUCUGUAAAUAAAGUUGAAUCUUGAAUUAGUCAUUGUUACUUAGAACUUUGAAUGCUAAAAAUUGCCAUUUUAGAAUUUCGUGUA